AUGUUCAGUUCUCAACAACAACAACAGAAGGCUGUUAUUAAGAAUGCCGACAUGUCGGAGGAUAUGCAACGUGUAGUUGUUGACUUGGCAACUGAAGCCAUGGAGAAGUACAAUAUUGAGAAGGAUAUUGCUGCCCAUAUCAAGAAGGGCGUCGACGCCAAAUACAACCCAACUUGGCACUGUAUUGUUGGCCGAAACUUUGGCAGCUAUGUCACACAUGAGACCAAACACUUCAUUUACUUCUACAUGGGCCAAGUUGCCAUUCUUCUCUUCAAAUCCGGCUAA